ACACAGCUUCGCACUCGCUUCCUCUCCCCGCCGCAUAACAUGAGCUCCCUUCUCUCCAAGCGGACGCAUAACGAUACAGAUGGUUUCAUUACGAUAUCCCGUUUCAUGCUGACCGAAACUGCUGUUGUUUAGGAAAAAUCCCCCCUGCCCCCCCCCCCCUGUUACCGGUUUUUUGUUUUUUGGAUGCGCCAUGCAAUCUCGCUUGAGUUGUGGCAUUCGGCUGGUGGCAUGGACGGUUUGGAGUCUGGCAUUGCACGGAGCGUGGUGCAUCCCCGCCAAUGAAGUGAACCUGCUGGAUUCUCGCUCUGUGGCAGGAGACCUGGGAUGGGUGGCCUAUCCUAUGAAUGGGUGGGAGGAGAUCGGGGAAGUAGACGAGGACUACGCUCCCAUCCACACCUACCAAGUGUGCCGGGUGAUGGAGCAGAACCAGAACAACUGGCUCCACACCAACUGGAUCCUGACUGAGGGCGCCCAGCGGGUCUUCAUUGAGCUCAAGUUUACCUUGAGAGACUGCAACAGCUUGCCCGGUGGGGUCGGGACCUGCAAAGAGACGUUUAACAUGUAUUACUACGAAUCGGACGGGGCCGAGGAGGAAAUGGAGGACGUAGAGAUGAGAGAUGGAACGGGGAUGACUGAGGAAGAGGACAGGGCAUUGAAGGAGAGCAGAUACAUCAAAAUUGACACCAUAGCAGCUGAUGAGAGCUUCACCGAGCUGGACCUGGGGGACCGCGUGAUGAAGCUCAACACCGAAGUCCGUGAUCUAGGUCCCUUGACCCAGAAGGGUGUCUACCUGGCAUUCCAGGAUUUGGGAGCGUGUAUUGCUUUAGUCUCGGUGCGUGUUUUCUACAAACGCUGCCCGUUUCUGGUGAAGAGCUUGGCCGAGUUCCCCGACACCAUCCCGGGCUCGGAGGCCUCGCAGCUGGUGGAGGUAGUUGGCCACUGCGUCAAUAACUCCCUGCCAUUAUAUGAGCCUCCCAGGAUGCAUUGCAGCACAGAAGGAGAAUGGCUGGUGCCGAUCGGGAAGUGUGUGUGCCAGCCGGGAUUUGAGGAAAUCAACGGAUCUUGUCAAGUCUGUAAAGUGGGGUUUUACCGCUCGCUGCUGGAGUCUUUGGCCUGCAGUAAAUGUCCACCGCACAGUGUGGCCAGGAAGACAGGAGCCACUGCUUGCAGUUGUGAAGAUGGACACUAUAAGAUUGACUCCGACCCUCCCAACAUGGCCUGCACACGCCCUCCUUCUGCUCCACGUAACGCCAUCUCCAAUGUCAACGAGACCAGCGUCUUCCUGGAGUGGUCCGUUCCCAUGGAAACGGGUGGCAGGAAGGACGUGCGCUACAACAUCCUGUGCAGACAGGUCUUGCCAGAUGGAAGGGGCUUGGAAGAAUGCGGCCCCAACGUACGUUUUUUGCCACGUCGUGUCGGGCUGUCAAACACCUCGGUCAUGGUGGCCGACCUGCAGUCGCACACCAACUACAGCUUCCUGCUGGAGGCUGUCAACGGGGUGUCAGAGCUGGCCAAAGACCAUGCCAAGCAGUAUGUGUCGCUCAAUGUGACAACCAAUCAGGCAGCACCGUCCCCGGUGAGUGUGGUGAGAAAAGGCCAUACAGACAAAAGCAACAUCGCUCUUUCUUGGGCAGAGCCUGAUCGCCCCAACGGCAUCAUCCUGGAGUACGAGAUCAAGUAUUUUGAAAAGGAGCAGGACUCCAGUUACACUAUUAUAAAGUCCAAGGAGACUGAGAUGGUGGUGGAAGGCCUGAAGCCCUCUUCAGCCUACAUCUUCCAGGUGCGAGCCAGGACCUCAGCAGGCUAUGGAGCAUUUAGCCGACGUUUUGAGUUCCAGACCAGCCCUUACUUAACUGCGACCAGCGAGAGUGCUCAGGCUUCGAUUGUAGCGGUGGCUAUCACCUUGGCUCUGGUCCUCCUGGCCGUAGUCGCUGGAUUCCUGCUCAGUGGACGGCGGUGUGGCUACAGCAAAGCAAAGCAGGACCCUGAAGAGGAGAAGAUGCACUUCCACAACGGUCACAUAAAGUUCCCUGGGGUGCGCACCUAUAUUGACCCCCUCACCUAUGAAGAUCCCAAUCAGGCCGUGCAUGAAUUUGCUCAGGAGAUCGACGUCUCGUUUAUCUCCAUAGAGAGGAUCAUUGGAGCUGGGGAGUUUGGCGAGGUGUGCAGCGGACCGUUGAGGUUGCCUGGGAAAAGAGAGAUCCAGGUUGCCAUAAAGACCUUGAAAGCGGGCUACACGGAGCAGCAGAGACGCGACUUCUUGUGGGAGGCGUCGAUCAUGGGCCAGUUUAACCACCCAAACAUCAUCCGCCUGGAGGGCGUGGUCACCAAGAGCAAGCCGGUGAUGAUCAUCACUGAAUACAUGGAGAAUGGAUCACUGGACAGUUUCCUCAAGAAAAACGAUGGUCAGUUUACUGUCAUCCAGCUGGUUGGUAUGCUGCGUGGCAUUGCGUCUGGCAUGAGAUACCUGUCCGACAUGGGCUACGUCCACCGGGAUCUGGCAGCUCGUAACAUCCUGGUCAACAGUAACCUUGUGUGUAAAGUGUCUGAUUUCGGCCUGUCCCGAGUCCUGGAAGAUGACCCGGAGGCUGCGUACACCACUCGGGGCGGCAAGAUUCCUAUUCGCUGGACGGCUCCAGAGGCGAUCGCAUACAGGAAGUUCACCUCAGCCAGCGACGUGUGGAGCUACGGGAUUGUCAUGUGGGAAGUGAUGUCAUACGGAGAGAGGCCGUACUGGGAGAUGUCCAAUCAAGAUGUCAUAAAAGCAGUAGAGGAGAGCUACAGGUUGCCGGGUCCUAUGGACUGCCCUGAGGCUCUGUACCACCUAAUGAUGGACUGUUGGCAGCGAGAACGAAGCAACCGCCCCAAGUUUGAUGAGAUUGUCUGUCUACUAGACAAACUCAUUCGUAAUCCCAGCUCAUUAAAAACAUUGGUCAACUCUUCACACAGGGUGUCUAACCUGUUAGUGGAGCAUGCCAGUGUAGAAGGGAGCUGCAGCACUCGGAGCCAGACCGUAGGGGAAUGGCUCGACUCCAUCAAGAUGGGUCGUUACACUGAGCUCUUCAUGGAAGGAGGUUACUCUUCGCUGGAGACAGUGGCUCAGAUGACAUCAGAGGAUUUGCGAAGAGUCGGAGUGAACCUGGCCGGACAUCAAAAAAAGAUAAUUACUAGCAUUCAAGAGAUGAGAGUGCAUAUGAACAACACCAACUCUACUGUAAAUAUCUGAAGCAUAUGUACAGGCACAUGCACACACACACACACACACACACGCAAAUACACACAUAUGAACACAUACACAAGAUAUGGACCUAGUAUGUGACAAAAAGACUCAGAUUUGCUGUUGGACCUAGAGCGGCUUAGCACUUUUUACGGACAAGACACCCAGUCUUUAUGGAUCUAACUGAAGAAUCCCCAUUUUUGUGGUUCCCGUUUGUGGCGAUUGCUUGUGGUGUCAUUGGGAAUAUUUGACAUUGCAGCACUAAAACCAAACUGAACUGAACUGGGUGGUGCUACACAAAGGGAAGAUGAUGGCGAGCUAAACUAAACAGAAGCUUUUUCAUUUUAAUUAUUCCAUUUGUGUGAAUCUUGAAGAUUCUGAUAUCUCUGUGCACGUUUUGGAUUCUCUCAGAUCAAACGUGAAACAUAGACCGCAGAUCUGGCUUUGAGAGCAACCAGCACUUUUUGGCUCUAUCACAAAUACGGGAGUUUCAUGCAGCAGGCUCAAACAUUUUCCGCCUGUAUCAGCUCUCCCACAAUGGAUCUGAACAGUUUCUCUGGCAAUUUUCUCUGGAAGUACAGUUCCAUCACGAGUCAUUGAAUUGAAUACCAUUCUCAGGCGGGGGGAAAAAAAGUAAUAAUGGACCAAGAGCAUGAUGUUCAUUAGUUUCAGUCUCAGCUUUGGCAUGCUGAUGUACUUUGGAUUUAGUUUACCUGUCUCAGGCAGGUCUCCAUACGACAAGACUGCAGUUGCAACCCAGCUGUGAAACUUAUGGAUGGCCCAGACUCUUGUUCAGCAUCAUACAUGUUAUUAUUUUCCAAAGUGAUGCAAGACAAGAGUACCUAAUGCGACCUACAUUGUUCAAAGUGGCUGACUAUUAAAACACAACAAAGUCUGUGACAAGGGAAACCAUCUUGUUGAACCUACAAAAGAAAAACGUGAAAAGAUACAAGGUUGUAGGCAUUGGGAUACUCUAUUAUUGUUCUUCUGGCUGAAUGUAUAGCACCACGCAAAACACAGCACUCAGUUGCAGCAUCAACCUGUUUUUUGCUUGAAACAAAAAUUCUUCAUGCUGUCAAAAAGAAUGUGUCCAUUCUGGUCCCUAAAACCAGCUUCUGAAUGAAUCUGCUGAUGUAUGUGAUAUUAAGAUGGCUUUCCGUUGUCUUUUCUUUGAAAAUCUGUAGGAAUCCCCACUAAGAUCUUGAUGGGUUCCUAUAGAGCUACCGUAAUUCAGCCAUCAACUCCUGAACCAUGCAGAUUCUAAAUUGAAAUUACAUUGUGUAACUGGACACUCCAUGCAUGUGUUAGUGGAAUGUUCAAAUCAGCUUCACUCAGAGUCUAGAGGAACUGUUACUGAGAUUCUACUGGAACUUUUGCUCAGACGCUAAUGUAUCCUUCACUCAGAUGCUGAUGAACCUUCAUGCAGGCUUUCCGUUGCACAUUCAAACGGAACAUUUCGUUCAUGGGAAUUCAUGAAAAGUUCACUCAAUACUGAUGGAACGUUUGAUUAUGUAAUAAUAGAACUGCCAGUCAGAUUUGAAUGGAAAGGAUCACCCAGAUUACAGUGGGACUGUUAAAUGAUAUUUCAAUGGAACCUUUGCUUGGAUUCUAAUGGAAUCUCUUCUAGGAUUCCAAUGCAGCCUUCACUCAAGAAUGCACUCCGAUUUUUCAUGGAGCCUUCACUUAGAACCCAACAACCUUCAGGUACCGCAGAAAACCUUCAACAGUCCGUUCAGUUCACCAUGCCGUAGAGUCUCUCUCCACCACAUCUCUACCACACCACAAUAAACCUCACUCUUACAGGACUGCAGAAAAUAAGGAGGCAAUAUUGAUCAACUUGAUAAUCAUUUAUUUAUUUAUACAUGUUUAAAAAAAGAGCGAUAAUGAGUAUUACGUAGACUGUUUUUGAUUCAUCAUAUUACUCUCUCUUUGACUACUGAGCAGCUCUGCCUACAUGUCAUUCAUGUAUAUAAUGUAUUAUAAAUUUAAAGCAGGGAGCUUUGUUUUUCUGUCUUCCAUCAUGUGGACAAGUUGGUAUUGGUCAAGCAUCUCAGAGUAGUACACAUUAGUAAAUAGUGACAAAUAUUCUACAUCAGCAUUCCUGCUACAUAGACCUGGGCCACUGUAAGGUGGGAGCAACCAGCACAUCUGUCCCCAUAUAAGGGUGCCCAAAUGCAGAACUAUCAAUUAUUUAUGUUGCGUUGUUGGUUGCUUGUGUUUCAUUUUAAAUUUUGAGCAAGACCUAGACAUAUUUUUAGUGGCCAUACAUGAGAAUAAAUACUCUGUUGUCUUUAAAAGCUGGGGCCGAAGUUUGCACAGGGAUUGGUUCUCCUUCUGGUUAUGGUUUAAAGGUAUACAAUGAUGUCAGUGAUCAAGUCCUUGCUUUAGUUCUAUUCAGUAUGGUAUGUAAUACAUUUCUACUCAGUGCUUUAUUGUUAAAACUUGACCCUUUUCACCGUUGUAUUGACCUAAGCAGGAACUGAGUUCUGACAGUAUAUACAUCCUCUUUGCAGAAGACAUACUCAUAUUUUUCUUGGUUAAACGCAGUGUACUGCUAGUGCUGGAAAAGUGUAAAUGGAAUUAGAUUGUAAAGCUAGUUUUAUAAGAAGUGGUAUUAUUUGACAGCAUGAAAGGCAUAGAAAAGCACACAAGAAGAAUGUAUGGUUUUAAAGGGGUAUUUCACUUUUUUAGACGAUAUGUUUUGCUUUUAAACACUCAAACCUUCAUCUGAUUUUAAGGAGUCAAAGUAAAAGGCCUCAUUGGUAGAAGAAAGCCACCACACUUGGGAGUUUAAGCUUUUCCAUCUGCUGAUCAAGAGCCCAUAUCUUGACUUUUUCAUAAAAGAAUGUGAGUAGGCAAUGGCCAUUGUUAUUCUCCAUGGUUAUGUGUUUUUAAAAGUCAAAAUGUUCUACCAGAGUGAAAGUUAGCUUGAAAGGUAAACAUCUGCAUAGUCCCUUUGGUCUCCAUGUAUGACUUGGAGGUUUGGCUCCAGCUUGUCCGUUAAUAUAUUGUAUUGUAGUUUUAAUGGUGGCGAAACAAGACCGGUUUAGCAACAUUAGAUCUGCGGUUUUGCGGGUUUUUUUAACCACAGUGUACUUUUUUAUUCAAGCGGGUCUUAUUCUUGUCUUCAAAAAUGUAACCAAUGUAGAUUAUUGUGACUAUGCAGAUCUUUAAUGUAGCGGGGAAAUGCAUCAAGAAUAUGGUGCAGAUAUUAUAUUGGACAAUAUAUGGCAUGUACAGUGAAAGUAAUUGGGUACUGGGUGGUGUCCUCAGUCAUAUAAAUACCACAGGCGUUUUGAUGAAAUUUUCCCAGCAUUUUAAACCCAUCCAAAUUUCAUGGUAUUGGCUCAAUACAUCAACACUUUUCAACUUAAAUUUCAACCUUGAAGCAAUGCCUGGGGCAUGAACAAUGGGUGAACCCUUAUAAGUGCCUCUCAUCUUUUGAGCACCAUUAUUUCCUCCCGCGCCAAAAUGCUAUGCCCCAACUUUCUAUGUAUUUACUUUUUGCCAACAAUAUCUACAGGCAAUGAGAAGAAUGUCAGACAAUGUGUAUGUUGGAACUAAUUUAAUUUGCACUUUAUGAGAAAUCUGUUGACCUUUUUGUUUGACUAAAAAUGUUUAUAGGUAACUGACUUUUUAGUGAUUUAUUAUACGAUUACUAUAAUGACUGUGUUGAUUAUAUCCCUCCAUAUUCUCAAUGCUUCCCAUAGUGUAAAAUUUGACAGUUAAGCACAAGGCAUUGGUAAUAUUUUUAAAAACAAAUCAAAGCUAUAUAUAUGGAAAGCAUCAUUGAUGUAGAGCACCAUUUUCUUGUGUAUGGCACAACGAUACACCUUCAGAACAUAAGCACAGUGCGGGACAGAAAUCUUUAAGGACAACGAGCAGAUGAUAUGACUUCGUACAAACGUCAAUAGCACUAGCCUUUGAUGUCAACUAACUUCAACCAGACAUUGUGUCUGAGUGGUUGUGGCAUUUUAUCAUUACCACUGCAAAGUACAAAAGUGUGAAAACAGGUAUUGAUUAGUUGUCAUUGCAAAUACAUAUAAAGUUUAGCUGAUAGGAGUUGCUGCGCGAAACGUCUUUACUCAUUCAAAUUAUUUAUUCACAGCACUUUUGCAAUGGCAUGAUUUUAUUCUGGUCAGCUCUGGUUAAACCAUUUUAAUUGAGCAGGAAGAAAGCAAGCACAGCAAACCAGCAGAGACUUGUAAAGUAAAGUAUUGAUGUGUUGUUACUCUCCAAUGACUGUCAGCCGGAGAUUCAUCAACCAUGCAGUGAAGUUUUAUGCAGGAGCCAAUUUUUUUGUGUCAAAUUACGUUACGUAACACGUUUGAUGUAACAUAUGAAUGAACAACUUUGAUGUUUGAAAUUGACUUUCAGAACAGGGUAAUUUGUUCACAUCAAUAUACACAUUAAUUUCCAUGACAAGUUCUUGCAUUUGUACAUAUUGGAGUUUGUUGGAAUUGGCUCCGUAAUAAAAGCACUGCAUAAAACAUUAGAAGAUAUGACUGAAAUCUAGCAAAUGUACAAAAGCAAUACCUGCUAUUAAUAGCAAAAAAUCAUAUUUGCAUACACAUGGUUAUCUAGCAACCAUAAAAGGUUGCACUGGCAUCUGACUGGUUUUAGGACACUUUAUAAUGAUGAAAAGCAUAGUGUUGGUGUCUUAAAGCCAUUGACAAACUGUAUUUGGGGAAAACAACUGUUAAAACCUUUACAACCGAUGUAAAAAUUGUGUCAAGUAUGAUUGAGAUUUUUGCAAAAAGUAAAUCCUUCAAAUGCAAAUUUGCCAUGGGAAAACUACUUUUUUUUAACAAUGGCCCAACCCACUUUACAACUGUAUAGUUAACUUCUCAGGAAGUGGAAAAUAGGUAAAUGGGUUAUGGACAUGUGGUCUUUUGAAAAAAUGAGUCGCUUUCACUCAAAGCAUUAACAAAAGAAGCAGGUAUGCGGUUAUUAGGUUUUUCCCAUCAGGUCAAAGACAACAAUCAUGUUAUCAGUAACUCACAGAUAAGGUUUUUAACAACUGAAUAACUGUUUUGUGAUCCUUUUGAAAGCACAGUAGAGAUACUAUUGAUGUGCUAUUGGUUUGUCUUUGAGACUGUCAUGUAUUAUGUUUGUGUUGAUGUUUUUGUAGUGUGAUAUCAAAUUCUAUAUUUUUGCAAUAAAAAUUAAAAA